AUGGCCUCAUCACACUUAACGCCACUUCCCAGUCUACAUGUACAUACUAUAAUCCCUGGCAGCGCGUUACCUCCUGUACUUUCUCCAACGCUACAACUACCUUUAUGUAGACGCGACUUCUCUUCACUAACACAAGCAGAAAUGGCACAAGUAGAAAUAAAACAGGACAAUACGUCGAAACCUACGCGAGUAUCGUCACGCGUAAUAGACCAUGCUCCAUUAUCGCCUCUAGACUUUUACUCCAGCCCUGCUUCAUACAGCUCAGGUGAUGAAGAUACGACUUCCUUGCUCAUAAACGAGCAUAUAUCGAAAUCCAUCCUUUCCAGCACUCAGUUGCCCGCGUCACCUGCCUGUUCAACGCCUGUUCGCACACCCUCACCCUCACCUUCUGUCUCAACAACGCCUCGUCGUUCAGCGCGAAUACCCAAACAUCGUCGAUUAUCCAAGGAAGAAAUAAUUGGAAGACCAUCAACUGGCCCAGCAAUGCGCACAAGGGGUAAAGAUGCCACUGUCCAGGAUGACGAUGAGAGGAUAAGGAACUAUUAUGAGCAGCGUGCUGCUCCAACGCCUCCAUUAGCCAUAACUUACCCUCGUGCGUGGAACGAGGUUGAUAUAGGCGAGCUGUCUGGAGUCUGUGGGUCGAAGAAUUUUUCAUAUCCGACCCAAUUGCGAAGCGAUACACUCUCUUUGUGGCCAUCCGCACAACGAAAGCAUUAUUUAGCUAUGUAUCUCCGGCAUGGUAAGGAUUUUGGUGCCAUUGGUUCUGAAUGCGGUACAUCCAUCAAGAAAGCGGUGCAGUACUAUUAUUUAACAAAGCACAAGAAGGAGUUCAAAAUUGCUAAGCUAGUGCGGAAGGAGAUGGAAGAAUACGAGAGAUAUUUAAUGGCAAUAGAUGAGCAGAAGAAGAGAUUCAUGAAAACAGCAAGCGCUAACAAUGGGAAGAAAGGGCGGAAGAAGAAAGGAGGAAGACAUUAA